CUCCUUCACUUAAGUAAGCCAACGGUAAUCCUCAUGACCUUUCUGAACACCAUGCGAUUUUGUUGGAUAAUUAAUUUUCCGUUUGUCUACCUUGCUGAUUGUUUUUGCGUAGCAGCGAUUAUUGAUCCGCAGGGAUCCCAACAUGGCCGCUGCAUGGCCAAUGAUUUUUUUAGAAAGCCAAGCAUUUUGGAUUGGUUUCCAAUGGUUUGCCAGUUGUGUUCGGUCAUCAAACACAUUCUUUUUAUUCCUUGGUGGAAUCCAGAAAUCCUGACGCUUGAAAUCCGGAAUCCGCUGCAAUAUGGAAUCCGGCAAAACAUUUGGAAUCCGGAAUCCAAAUUAAUGACUUUGUUACGACAAAAUGAAUUAAAAUAAAUAAAUGAAUGAAAGAAAAAGAAAGAGAGACUAGAAUGGAAUCGCAUGUAAAAGUCAUAGGAAAUCACCAAUUUCUAAGCUUCAAAAGAAUUACGAGUCCUGUUUUUAACGACGUUCCUUCCUCUCUAUCAAAAGGUAUCUGACUUUUUAAUUAAUUGGGGAUUUGCCAUUUUGAGACUAAAACCGUCUGACUUAAGGUCAAGUGACGUCACAGCAGCUCGUGUUUAUGUAAUACAUCAUCCAAUCAGACAUAUUUUGAUACGUCCGAUUGUGGUGAACGCAACACUUUUGCGGCAAAUUUCUUAUUUUGACCUUGGAAAUACUACUUCUUUUAUUGCUAGACUUAUUAAUGUGGUCCAGAUAGCGUCGGUAAGCAAGUAUCCUGUCGUGGGUCUGGUCUUGGAGAAGUUUUUUUUCAUUUCCAUGGAUUUGAAGGCUCUUGGCCAAUUGACAUUGUAUUGCUUUGCGCGGAAGAGACUGAAUUGAACCCAGCAGUCUUCAGACUUCAAGUACAAGGGAUAUCUUUUUAACUUCUUCAGGAAGCUUUUUUAUUUCUACAGCGAUAUCUUGAAUACUACGAAUGCCAUCUCUCUGUGAUAUACAUUCGCGAAUAUUUUAAACUCCGUCUGCCGCGGAAAAAGACCUGAUCUUUGCAACUCUUUGCUAAUUGGUUCUCUACCGACAAUAUCAUCACUGCAAAAUAUUCUUCAUUCGUGAAUUAGAGUCAUUUUGUGGUUAAUUGUGAAUCAGUGACCCCAGAUAUCCUCUGGUUUUUACCUCUACACAUAUUUAAUCCCGUGCGCUUCUGUCAAGCAACACAAAGUGUUGAUGUUUUGAACUUGAUCCGCGGAGAAGCCGUCUUAUUCCGCGCAACGGGGGAGCUGAUCCACAUUAGAACUGAUGAGAGACUAAACACUCUUAGAGUUAGAACUGCAUUGGUCAUGAACACUGUGAGUCGAUUUGUUUGCAAUUUGCCAUGCCAUUUCUUUGCUUUUGUAGCAUUUAUCCACUGUUGCCGGAGCUUGGGUUCUACAGUCCAUAAUAAUCAAGAAGAAUUCGUCAAAAGACUUAAAUUUUAUGAAUUAGUGUAUCCCGAAUCCAAAAGUUUUAAGUCUUCUCUUCAAGUUCGAUUCCACGCUUUCAAAGAGGAUUUCCGUCUUGAUCUUUGGCCAAAUGAAAACCUUGUCCCGCCAAAUUAUUCGAGGGAGACUUUACCACACGCGCGAUUGGCGCGCGUGGGAAGAGUGAAGAGAUGUUUCUACACUGGCAAGUCGCGCCUGCACAGUGAUUCGAGCGUGGCUCUCAGCAACUGCAACGGCUUGAUUGGGAUUAUAAGACUAGGCCUGGAGGAGUAUUUUAUAGAACCAUUUCAAAAGAAUGGAGGACAUUUGGUGUACAGAAGGUCAGAUUUACCAACAGAGGAAUCCUCGGUUCCUUUAGGCUGUUCAACUGUAAAAGAUCGACGAGCCGGUGUACGUCACCCAGUUGAUGGAAAUACCAUUCGUAAUUCGUACUCAUCUUCACGCAUGCGUCGAUCGCCAACUGAUGACGUCACCAUGCAGCUAUUGGUAGUGGUCGACAAGGAUAUGAUCGGUUUCCAUGGCAAUGAUACUAUCGAGGAGUACGCGUUGACGAUAAUGAACAUGGUAUGGAAAUGCGGCAAUUCAUUCUCAGGCAGUUUAUUAGAACAUAAGCCAUGUAAUGUAAUUCUGUUUGCUGCUCGAGCUUUGGCCCUAAGCAUCUACAUUUGUUUUGCCAUAAUAUGCGAUUUCAUAGAUGUGCGGUCGCUUUAA